CUCCAGGGAGACAAGAUGGAGGUGACGAGAGAAAAAUAUCAGUUGGCCCAAGAAGAGAACAAACAACUGGUCCACAAGCUGGAAGAGAUGGAGAGGAAACUUGAAGCAACAAGCAGCCAGAACAUCGAAUUCCUGCAGGUCAUUGCCAAAAGAGAGGAGUCAAUCCAUCAGUCCCAAAUGAGGCUUGAGGAGAAGACCCGGGAAUGUGGCUCUUUAGCCCGUCAGCUGGAGAUGGCUAUUGACGAUGCCAAGAGGCAGUUGGAGCAAACAAGAGAGCGAGCCGCAGCAAGGGAACGAACAGCACAGUCCAAGAUACUGGAUUUGGACCAGCUGAGCAGGACAAAGACAGAAAAUCAGUUGCGACGGAACAAGGAUGACGCAGAACAUAGAUACCAAAGCCGCCUCCAGGACUGA